CCUAGCUUGACUCGCGGAAAGCUGAGAGUCAUCACACUGUUGAUUAUCUCGUAUCUACCAAGGUAGACAAAGGUCGCUAUGACACUUUACCACCUGAUGGACACCUGGUGAACACCUGAUGACACUAAGCGUUGCUGAAACAAUUCUGAAAGCGAAGCCAGUCAUGCGUGAACCAAUCAUUGAAAUGAGGAAAACAUGUGUAAAAAGAUAUUCUCAAGUCAACUGUGAACACGACGACCAAUGAGUGAUCCAGAUCAAACGAAACAACGGCGAUGUUGAAGUGCUUUGCAGUUUGGAGACAUUAUUUUGCGAGGAGAUGUAAGCACGCACGACGCAAAGAGACAAUUUUCGUUGAAGUUUGAAAGAAUUUCGAAAAAUGCCUGAUGGUGUAACAUGUAUUCUCUAUGUUCUGAUCAUGUUGGAUUGUAUGUUAAUAAGUACCCAGGGAAGUAGCAUAUGUGUGGAUGAGGUGUUUGACCUUGUAUUCAGUGGCAAAGCCGCCACAGAUUACGUUGUAAGGAACACGACGGUUCCCAGUCGGGCAGAAUGUUCUGUUCUGUGUCAUCAAGAGGAAAGGUGUGUCUCUGUGGCGUAUUCAGACUCAGGAGAGUGUGUCCUCCACAGUGAGUUACCACAGACACUGGCAGUGGUCAGUACACCGGACACUGACAUCUACUACCGCCAAGGUGCGGUUCCCAUUUCAACAACUACCCUAACAACAUCGGCAUCAACGUCAACAACAACAACACCGAUGCCUGUAACUUCAAAUGUGACGCCAAUGACAACACCUGAAGGUUCCAUAACAACCCCCGCUGCAUUAACUGCGACACCACCAACAGCUGUGACAACUGCAUCCAAAGCGCCUUCUCCAACACCGAUGGUAACGGCAGCAACUGUAACACCCAUGACUACCCCAGUAGCAGCCACCUACACAACUACAUCAACCGAAACCAUAACGACCGCCACCACGACUGCACCAACAACUUCAUCAACUACUACUACAACUUCUGCUGCUGCUACUACUACUUCGACAAUGACUGCUACUCCUACUACGACUACUACCACUCCGACUACGACUACCACCACCACCACUACUACAACUACCACGACUACACCGACAACUUCGUUAACAACGACCACGGUGGCUACAUCACAAGAGGUAGAACUAUGGGUGACAGAAGUGCUGACCUACUCGUCACAGAUGUCCAAUGACGACAACGCCGCUAGCUAAGUGAUUGGAGAACCUGACGUCUACCCCAACUACGGCCACAACGUUAAAGCCUGGGGCCAAUCCAACACAAACAACUAUCAACAAUAUGUUGAGUUGAAGUACGCCAUGAAACUCUUCAUCUCUGAAGUGCACGUGUACGAGACUUACCGCGCAGGCGCAAUGUGGAAGGUGGAGAUCCGCGCACCUACCGGGCAAUUUCUGACCAUGUACAAGGCGCAAUACUUACAGCGUCUAACUUCAAGCCGAAUCGCCAAAUACGUUUUGACAAGUUUGCCGACCUUCACGUCUGAUGUCAUCCGGGUGUGGGUGGAUCCUUAUUUCGCGUAUGGAGCUGUAGAGAUAGACGCUGUCAAGCUUGUCGGAAUGACCGAUCCGUAAUUGAAGCGAAUAUUUCCAGACAUGAGGCACCACGAUUUGGCACUUGUAAGCUAUGGAUCUGAUAAACGCCUGGCAGUAAGGUAUAUGAACAGCACACUGUCAAGAUGUCGACCACCAUGGUAGGCCACCUAGAUAGUAAUCGACACACGUGAAAUUCAUUUACAGAUGUGUCGUCUUACACCUUCAAAUAAUCAUCGGUAGUAUACUACAGGAAUAAAGUAACUGUGCAUUA